CACUGACCUCUGCAAUCUUUCCCAAAACAGGUGCCUUCUCAGCAAGUCUCCUGCCAGGUCUCCAACCCCAAGCUCUGGUUAGGCCGCAGAGGGAGACAGCAAAAACAGACAAGACUGCUUUCAUGCUUGACAUAAGAAUCAAGAACCGUGAAUUUACAGAUGUUCUAAAUGACCAGAAUUCGCAAGCCUAUAAAGACCUUCGGGCAGAAGUUACUGAAGUGCUGAACAAGGCCUAUGCCUGCUUCUUCUGUCCCACCAAGGAGUCUUAUCUAGGUGUUGCUGAGAUGUCCUUCAGAAAAGGAUCUGUGAUCGCAGACUCGGUCCUGCUGUUUGACACGACAGUGAUCAAUGCUGCAGUGGUCAGGAUUCUUUUUCUGGAGGCUCUUGGGAGCACUGAGACGGCAGGCCUUGAAAUAGAUAAGGACUUCGUUACCGACAGUAGGGUUACAGUCCCUGUAACAUCAGCGACCACCACUCAACCAUCUACGACCUCUCAAGUUCUUUCAACACACACGACUCAUCGGACUCAAAGCACAAAAGCCCAUCAUUUGAGCUCUUCAUUUUCAAAAUUCACUACUGCUUCCACAAAGAGCACUAUUCUGUCAACUUAUUCUAGUGGUUCAGCAACUACCACAACUAGCAAUACUAGUAGUGAAACCAGUACGUCAGUUAGUACUCCACUGAAAAGUACUCCUGGCUUCACAAACAACACAACUAGUCUUCCAGAGACUACCAGAACCUCAGUGUCAACUGCCACAACAUCAAGAAAUUACACCAGCAAGAAAUCAAGUCCUCCAUUAAGGUAUACAACCAAGGGACCUGCUGAUCAAAGUACAUCCAGCAGUCAUAAUGGUUCCACGAUAACUUCAACCAGACCCACAAGUGGGCUGACAGCUCUGAAACAAAGCACUGGAGCACCUCACCCUCUCAGUGUCGUCACAAGUGGUGGUCCAGAAGGUCAUAGCACGGUUCGUGUCACAACUUCAACUAGAAGACCCUUUUCAGACAGCCACAGUCCUUCAGUGAAAAAACCCAGUAGCGAACCCAGAAUGACCAUGAGCAGCUCAAGCGUCGGAGGAGGUGUCCCAGGCUGGGCCAUUGCACUCUUAGUGCUAGCCUGUGUGAUCCUGCUGCUUGUCAUUGUGGUCCUCAUCCUCGUGCUGUGGCGCUGGUGCUGUCACCGGGAAGAGCCAGGCUUUGUGUACGUGAGCGGGGAGCCAAACCCAUACGGAAAGGCUAAGCAAGUGCCUCUGGGUCCCGAGGUCAUGGCGAAGGAACCCAGCUUCAAGAACCUUGAUGAUGCGGAGAAACCCAAGAGAACUCGAAGUGGCUUCUAUGUUGUGAACCCUGAAUAA